UUCUCACCGGAACCGCCCUACCUCACGGCCGGAAGAGGCUGUGCGUCAGCGCGUUGGGGCGGAAGUGGCGGGAGGGCGGUGGUGGGUAGUUGGCGGGUGGUUGACGAGAGCGGCCGCCAUGUCCGCAGGGAGCGCGACACAUCCUGCCGCUGGCGGGCGCCGCAGCAAAUGGGACCAACCGGCUCCAGCCCCGCUUCUCUUCCUGCCGCCCGCGGCCCCGGGCGGGGAAGUCACCGGCAGCGGGGGAAGCCCUGGGAGCGCCACCGCCGCCGCUCCCUCGGGAGCUUUGGAUGCGGCCGCCGCAGUGGCCGCCAAGAUCAAUGCUAUGCUCAUGGCCAAAGGGAAGCUGAAACCGUCUCAGAAUGCCGCCGAGAAGCUUCAGGCCCCUGGCAAAGGCCUAACUAGCAAUAAAAGCAAAGAUGACCUGGUGGUGGCUGAAGUGGAAAUCAACGAUGUGCCCCUUACGUGUAGGAACUUGCUGACGCGAGGACAGACUCAGGAUGAGAUCAGUCGGCUUAGUGGGGCCGCUGUGUCAACUCGAGGACGGUUCAUGACGACUGAGGAGAAGGCCAAAGUGGGACCUGGGGAUCGUCCAUUGUAUCUUCAUGUUCAGGGGCAGACACGGGAGUUAGUAGACAGAGCUGUAAACCGAAUCAAAGAAAUAAUCACCAAUGGAGUGGUGAAGGCUGCCACAGGGACAAGUCCAACUUUUAAUGGUGCAACAGUCACUGUGUAUCACCAACCAGCUCCCAUUGCUCAACUGUCUCCUGCUAUUAACCAGAAGCCUUCCUUCCAGUCAGGAAUGCAUUAUGUUCAAGAUAAAUUAUUUGUGGGAUUAGAACAUGCUGUGCCCACUUUUAAUGUUAAGGAGAAAGUAGAAGGUCCAGGCUGCUCCUAUUUGCAACAUAUUCAGAUUGAAACAGGUGCCAAAGUCUUCCUACGAGGCAAAGGUUCAGGCUGCAUUGAGCCAGCAUCAGGCCGAGAAGCUUUUGAGCCUAUGUAUAUUUAUAUCAGUCAUCCCAAACCUGAAGGCCUGGCUGCUGCCAAGAAACUCUGUGAGAAUCUCUUACAGACAGUUCAUGCUGAAUAUUCUAGAUUUGUGAAUCAAAUUAAUACUGCUGUACCUUUACCAGGCUAUACACAACCCUCUGCUAUAAGUAGUAUCCCUCCUCAACCACCAUAUUAUCCAUCCAAUGGCUAUCAGUCUGGUUACCCUGUUGUUCCCCCUCCUCAGCAGCCAGUUCAGCCUCCCUAUGGAGUACCAAGCAUAGUGCCACCAGCUGUCUCACUGGCACCUGGAGUCUUGCCAGCAUUACCUACUGGAGUCCCACCUGUGCCAACCCAAUAUCCGAUAACACAAGUGCAACCUCCAGCUAGCACUGGACAGAGUCCAAUGAGUGCUCCUUUUAUUCCUGCUGCUCCUGUCAAAACUGCCUUGCCUGCUGGCCCCCAGCCCCAGCCCCCACUCCCGACUCAGCCCCAAUCACAGAAGAGGCGAUUCACAGAGGAGCUGCCUGAUGAACGGGAAUCUGGACUGCUUGGAUACCAGCAUGGACCCAUUCAUAUGACUAAUUUAGGUACAGGCUUCUCCAGUCAGAAUGAGAUAGAAGGCGCAGGAUCGAAGCCAGCAAGUUCCUCAGGCAAAGAGCGAGAGAGGGACAGGCAGUUGAUGCCUCCACCAGCCUUUCCAGUGACUGGGAUAAAAACAGAGUCUGAUGAAAGGAAUGGGUCUGGGGCCUUGACAGGAAGCCAUGAUUAUCCAGCCAAGAAGAUGAAAACGGCCGAGAAGGGACUUGGCUUAGUGGCUUACGCGGCAGACUCCUCUGAUGAAGAGGAGGAGCAUGGAGGCCAUAAAAAUGCAAGUAGCUUUCCACAGGGCUGGAGUUUAGGCUAUCAGUACCCUUCAUCACAGCCGAGAGCCAAGCAGCAGAUGCCGUUCUGGAUGGCCCCCUAAGAAAUAGUGGGCAGACCUUUGAUGCUCGGUGACUCUUCUUAGCAAUAAUGCAUGCACUUGAUUAAACAAGACUCUGGGACCUGUUCUUGAAGACGUUAGGGACGAAGUGUCCUCUGUCAUAAAGGGAUGCCAUUCUUUUUAAAAUCCUGUUUCUGCAGUGGCAUAACAUCCGUUAAAAUUCACUUAGAACCACAAAUUUGCAUCAAGCUUUUUAACAGUUGAUGAAAUGUGCUUGUCCAGAGAAACAUCAGGAUUGUGUCAUUGCCACAUGUUUGACCUGGUCUAGCCUUUUCCAAAUGAAUAGCCUCAACUCUGUUGUAAAGAAAGUUUUAUUUGUAUUUUACUACUAUUGGGUCAAUUUUGAUAAUAACUGGUUACAAACAAAGCCUUACUAUUUAUUAGUGGGAAAUGGUUUUAAGACCUUUCCUUCGAGUACUUACAUUUAAUUCUAAGAGCUCCUCAUCCCUCUUUCCAUUUGGAUUCUUUCUGUUUGGAAAAUGCUGUUGUAGUAAUUUAAAAUGGUCAGAUACAACUGGAUCCUGAGUAGGAAAAUGAAAUUAUUUUUGCAUUGUUUCUUAGCUUGGGACGACCCAAAGCUGGCCCUUGUUGCCGGCACACGUGAUUCAGGUAGCCAUUGCUAUUGUUACUGCCCUCUUAAGCUUCUUGUUUUCAGCUGGGUCAAAGAAAACGUGAUUAAAAGCUGGUCAGAACUCAUCACAGAAAUGAAAGAGUUUCAGUCUCUCUCUGAACUGAUUGCAGCAAAAGCAGAGAGACUUGACAACACUGACAGGAUGUUGGACUCUGACUGGAAUUGCAACUGGUCCUUUUUUCUUGGCAUUGCAGGUUUUGCCAAAAGAACUUUUUUGUAUCAAAUAUUGAUGUGUGGAAGUGAAGGAACUGGUGGCUGAGCCAGAAGUGGGUUAAAUAUUGGUGUGUGGAGCGAAGGGAUUGGUUGGCUGAGCCAGGAGUGUUUGAAAUACUGUCAUUUUUGCACAUUUUUGGAUACUUUGGAGGCUGGCUUUGUACAAACUUACUCUCUGGUUUCCUCUAUGUUGUAAAUAAUUAGACCAUAAUUUCAUUAUAAAUAAAUGUAUAAAUAUUC